CAGUGGAUGAGCGAGGGCAGACUGAGGAGCCCGAUUUGCUGCUUGUGUCUGAACGGAGCGUAAAGUUGUGUGUGUUUGAAACUGGGAGGGAGGAGGAGGCAGGUCUGUCAGCUGCAGGAUUCCAUCACUCUUAGCAACCGUUGUUGAGUUACCACGGAAACGCUCUGCGAUGUUCUCUGCUUCUCCUUUGUCCUCCUCCAUCGCUCUGCUCUCCUCCCGCGCUCUCUCUCUCCCUCUCACUCCAUCCUGUCUUUAUUGCUGGUUGACUUCCUGUGUGCGUUGCUACGGCGAUGCUCUGGGACAUUCAGCUGGAUCAUUUUGCCGCCGCAGUGCCGGAGAGCAGAGCUGAACUGAAGGAAGUCGUCAGCUGAUCACUUUGUUUACUUCUGGACCGUUGCUGGACGGCGUCAGUCUCCUGCCUCUCAACUUAUCAGAAACCUUUGUCCUGUGACCUUUAACCCCUCCGCUCCGCUGACGGGUCGUAUCAGGGGUCAUUGUGUUGGAUCGGCCCUGCUGACAGGUGACAUCACAGGAAGUUGAAUGAAGUUCCAUCAACCCCAAAUGGGCGUAAUCGGCGUCUAUGUUUUCACAAGUGUGUCCGUCUGAGAGACGUCCAGACGCUCCUCAGAGACCAAACUCUGCCCUGUGAGCACAACUCUACAACUGUCCUAAAGAGACGUCCUGCACCUCCAUCUCCUCCUCACCCACGGCGAGAUGAACGAGGAGGCGGAGGAGUCGCAGCUGCCGGAGCAGGAGCAGCAAAGGGAGGACAUAUGGUCUGUGGAGAUGCAGCAGGAGGUGGAGGAGACGGUAGAGACUGAGGAGAUUCAACAGGAAGAGGAAGUGCAAUGUGAAGGGGAGGUGCAACAGGAGAAAGACGAGGUGCAGGAGGAGGUGCAGCAGGAGGAGGAGAUGCAGCAAAAGCAGGACAAGAUGCAACAGAGUGAAGUGGUCAGGGAGGAGGAGGAGAAUGUGGAGGUGCAGCAGAGUGAACAGGAGCAAAGGGAGGAGGAGCAGAGGGUUGAGGAGCUGCAGCAAACUGAUGAGGAGGAGGAGGAGGCGCAGACUGAGGAGAUGCUACAGACUGGAGAGCAGCAGACAGAACAGGUGCAGGAGUUUGAGGGGCAGCAGCAGACAGAGGAGGUACAGCAACACAUUGAGGAGGUGCAGGACUUUGUGGACGCUGUGGAGCAGAACCUCAACAACCAGGUCCUGAUUCGACUGAGAGAAAUGCAGAAAUAUAAAAGUACAUCGCAGAG